GGUUCAAUUUGUAAUGUUGCUGCUACAAACAUGGCACUUUUUCUCAAAGUUUUCCACCACAGCGGAUGAAAAAUGAGCAGUGGUUCAAAUCAGAGGACUUUGUUCCAGACGUGGGGGGCAACAGCUCCUCAGAAAAACGUUGUUCAACCGAAGAAAGAUGGAAGAAAAGCCGCAGGACGGCGCAAAACAACCCAAAACAACAGUUCACAGGUAGCUCCUACACAUCCUGCUCGAAAUCCUCUGUGGACUCAGUUUGGACAGGAGCCGGCGUCAACGUCAGAGGACCCGAAACCUGCGUUUGAAGAUGAAGACGACGACGAUGACUUGAUGUUGGUUGCUGUUUAUGAAGCUGAAAAAAGCCUGGAACUUGAUAACGCAAACUGUCAACAUGACAGCAAUGCAGGGACAGAGAGCACUGCCCUCUCUCCCAUGCCUUCAGGUGGACACACACAUCCUGACUUUCCUGGCUUUGACAGCUCCUCUGCUAAAGUAUGGAUUUACCCCACCAACUAUCCCCUCAGGGAGUACCAGCUGAAGAUAUCAGAGGCUGCCCUGUUUGCAAACUCCCUGGUUUGUCUCCCCACCGGUUUGGGAAAGACUUUUAUAGCCUCUGUGGUUAUGUACAACUUCUACCGCUGGUAUCCAUCGGGGAAGAUUGUAUUCAUGGCUCCCACCAAACCUUUGGUGGCACAACAGAUCGAGGCCUGCUAUAAAGUAAUGGGGAUCCCCCAGGCGCACAUGGCUGAGCUGACAGGGAGCACAGCAGCAAAGCAGAGGCAGGAGGUGUGGAGAACCAAGCGGGUCUUCUUCCUAACCCCGCAGGUCAUGGUGAACGAUCUGUCUAGAGAGAGCUGCCCCGCUCAGCAGAUCAAGUGUGUGGUUAUCGAUGAAGCCCACAAGGCGCUGGGCAACCAUGCCUACUGUCAGGUCAUCAGACAGCUUGCCAGCCAAACUCUGCAGUUUCGCAUUUUGGCUCUGAGUGCAACACCGGGGGGAGAUACAAAGUCGGUGCAGUCAGUGAUCUCGAACUUGCUCAUCUCCCACAUCGAGCUGCGUUCAGAAGAGAGUCCGGACAUCCAGGCCCAUUCGCACCAGCGUAACGUCGAGAAGGUGGUGGUUCCCCUGGGAGAGGCCCUCUCAGCUCAGCAGGCACGCUACCUUCAGGUUCUGGAGAAAUUCAUGUCUCGUCUGGUCCAGAACCGGGUGAUGGCACAGAGAGACCUGCGGACUCUCUGCAAAUACCAGAUCAUCCUCGCCAGGGAUCAGUUCCGCAGUAACCCACCGCAACAAAUCAAGGGUCCGCAGCUUGAGGGCGAUUUUGCCCUUUGCAUCAGCCUGUACCACGGCUACGAGCUGCUGAUGCAGAUGGGUCUCCGAUCGCUCUUCUUUUACUUCCAGGGAAUCAUGGACGGAUCCAAAGAGAAGUCCAGGGCCAGAAAUGAGCUGCAGAAGACUCCCACCUUCAUGGACCUGUACCAUGAGAUGGAAACCAUGUUUGUGAAGCCAUCUGCUGGUCCCGAUGAGCCGUUUAUUUACAGUCACCCCAAGCUGGAGAAACUGGAGGGGGUGGUGUUGCAGCACUUCAAACUGUGGGCUGAGAGCUCAGCUGACAGUAAUGGUUCAGGUCCUCAGGAAGUAAGCACGCGUGUAAUGAUCUUUUCAUCGUUCCGUGAGAGCGUACAGGAGAUCGCAGACAUGUUGAACCAACAUGCUCCGCUGAUACGGGUCAUGACCUUUAUGGGCCAAGCCUCAGCGGGGAAGGGAGUCAAAGGCUUCACCCAAAAGGAGCAACUGGAGGUGGUGAACAGGUUUCGUACGGGAGGCUUCAACACGCUGGUGUCCACCUGCAUCGGGGAGGAGGGGCUUGAUAUUGGAGAGGUGGAUCUCAUCGUUUGCUUUGAUGCACAGAAGAGCCCCAUCCGCAUGGUGCAGCGGAUGGGCCGUACUGGUCGUAAGCGAAAGGGGCGCAUUGUUGUCAUCUUAGCUGAGGGACGUGAGGAGAGGACAUACAACCAGAGCCAGAGCAGCAAGAACAGUGUGUACAAGUCCAUUAUUCGCAACAAAAAUGGCUUCCACAUGUUCCCAAACAGUCCCCGCAUGCUGCCUGAUGGAGUGAACCCCACCCUGCAUAAGAUGCAUAUUACCUGCGGGCAGUUUGACCAUCAGGAGAGCGGCAGGCGGUCCAUCGGCCGUCGAAAGUCGCGCUCUGAAGGACGGGCCUCACUCAUCCACCCUCAAAACCUGAUGCGGCAGGGCAGUACAACUUCAGACGGGUUUCUCAGCAGUACUGAAUAUUCUCUGUGGGCGUCCACCAUGAGGCUGGAAGACAAUGAAGCUCAUCCAACCCUGAAACCGUCGCGCUUCAUAUCCCUACCCAGUGAUCCACUACCUCAGGAGGACAUUUUCAAAAGUGGACCCCCGUCCAGAGAGCUGUCUUUGUGGGAAUGGAGACACUGGCAGCACAAAGUUCUUCCCACCCACGCCGUUGACCAUUCUCUCCGCUGCCGCCACUUUACUGAGGUGAUGCAGCUCAUCGACGGCAUGAGAGAGGAAAACGAGGGGGAGUGUCGCUACGAACAGGAGCUUCUUCCUUACCUCGGAAAAGAAGAUGCCGGCGGCGUUGUUAAGAACAAACAGAAGAAGAAAACCCAGAAGGUCUGCGCUAAAGCGAACAAAAGGCAACCCAAACCAUCGCACUCCACGUUCUCUGAUCUGGACAGCGUCGACGAGGAAGAACACAGUGACUUCACACGCAAAAAAAGGGUCACUUCAGGAUCUGUUGCGGGGAAACAAACACACUCUGUUCAACAUGAUACACCAGGCGAUGACAUCACAGAUCGCCCAGGAAGUGAAGGGACUUCCAAUCUGCUGCCAAACAACCACAGUCCAGAAGCAAACAUGUUCCAGGAUUCUUUCAUUUCCAACAAGCGAGUCAUAAAGUCGGACGAGCCUGUGAGUUUAGACAAACUGUCGCAGCUGAUUUCUAACACGGAAGAAGAUGUCGAGCUUCAGGCGAUGUUCUACCUUCCAAAAUGGGCGUCAUCGCCUCAUCCCCGCUCCGUUAAUCACACUCCGGGGCGAGAUGAGAGGCUGAAGGUCAUCCUGGCCAACGUGGCUGAGCUCCUAUCCCGAUCUCCGCCGUCUUUGGAGGAUGAUCUAGAAGAAGCAGGGAUGCCUCCUCCAUCGCCUCCUCCAUCUCCUCCGUGGCCUCAGCAGCCAUUCAGGGUGAGCUUUACCCUGGGCGCAGACGACGACGACGACGAGGAAGAUGACGACUACAAAGCGAUGGUUAGCGACUCUGAAGACGCCUCCCCAAGGGCGGACAACGACGUGCUUCCUGCGAGUAAAAUAAUGGAUCACGAUUGGCCUCGUCAGGAGCCGGAGCGGAACAGAGCAGCAGGCAGUCCCAGCUGGGAUGAAGUUUUCGGUGAAGAAGAAGAAAACAAAGAGAGAGAAGAUAAAAAUAUGAACGAUUUUCAGCUGGAUUUUGCCUUGGAAGCUGAAGAGGAGGAGGAGGAGGAAGAGUGUUGGGAUGAUGCGAGAAAGGACAAAAAAAUGCCACUUUUGACGGACGGCGGUGUAGCAAACGACAUGGAUGAGAGCAUGGAUCUCUUCGGGGAUGAUGAAGCGUUCCUGCAGAUGACCAUCCCGGACGUCUCCACUCCCGGCGUCACACCCGGGAAAUCCCCUCACGCCGCUGCCAUCACUCGUAGCCCGAUAAAGACGUCUAACCUUUUGCAUAAGCAGACGCCGACAAACCCGUGCAGCACUACAAACGCGGCUGACUCGGCACGCACACAGCUCAUAACUCAUACUCGGCAUGCCCGGCUUCUAACAGAUACACACAGCACUGCGGAGGCAAAAAAACAAAAUCCCGAUUCAUUGGACGGAUCCCAUGACUACUUCCCCGUCAACUUUGACCUCGGCUACUCCUUUGAGGAAUCCGAGGAAGAGGUGGAAGAGGAUGUUUUUGUACAAAGAACGUCACCUACUUCUCCUCCGCUGAAAAAGAGGGCCUUGUCUAACUCCUCCACUCCGUACAAGUUUCAUAGACAAACCAAACCUCCGCAGUCCAGCGCGUCCACGUUAUCUACACCGCAGACGCUGUCAGAGCAGGGGAGGAGAGGAACAUCCUCUCGUCUGGCGCUGCCUUUAAUGUCAAAAGGCGGUGAACUCCCGUCUCCCAUCACGCCCGGAGCGAGGCGGGUGCUCAUUCCCAGCCUCGCCAGGCCUCGCAGCCCAUCUUCAUGCUCCAGGUUAAAGCGCAGACGACCCGAGAGUCCCACCGUCUCAUGUGUAGAAAUAAGCUCACGACAAGGUUCUGUUUGUGUGGCUGACUCUCCCCCUCAUCAUCAUCACCCAGUGGAGUGCAACAGUGACAGUGAGGAGGACAUUGUGGUUCAGAAAAGAAAACAUCAGAACAAAGCCAACCUGUUGUCGUCACCAGACGUGUCGAAGCUCUGCAGCGACGUGGACUCCCCGCUCGUUGUGAACAGGAGACGUGCAGCUGCUCUGAACACAUCUGAUGACACGGAGAGCGGAGCUGUGUCUGAUGACGACUUCCAGAACGAGUCCGUGGUUUCAUUCAGAACAACGACAGCUGAAAGACAACGAUUCCAACAGAGCAAAACAAAGCGUGCUGCGAGCCGAAAAGGGCGCCAGUUCCUGGACCGAGAAGCGGAGCUGUCGGAGGGAGGAGGUGCAGACGUGUCAUCUGAUGAAGAGGACGGAGACGAACAGAACCGGUCUCUUGAUGGCUUCGUGGUGAACAACACACACUUUUCUCAGGGACUAAAUGACUCUGAGAUGUGCGGUGUUUACCUGAAGUCGGUGAGAAGCCCUGCUGUCCACGGCAAGUUCAAAAUGUCCUACAGAAAUCAACACAACAUGGACAUUUUUUCUCAGGUGCCUGAGAUCGAUGAGUCAUACGCAGAGGACAGCUUUGUGGUUGGAAAUGAGGUGGAUGAGGUGGAGGAGGCGGAGAGCAGUGAAGACGGCGCGGAGGACAUUGAGCUCAUGCCUGAGGACUCGUAUGUGGACGGGCGGAGGCAGUACGCUACCAGACGGCGUGUGUUCAUUCACAAAGCCAGAGCGGGAGUAAAAACUGCAGCCGAGUCCGUCCCGAGGCAGAGAGCUGCGGUGGACUCAAAGCGUUCCAGAGUCAUACGUGUUCAGGAUUCUAGUGAGGAGGAGGCAGAGGAAGUGGAUGACAAGAAAAGGGUUGUAACAGAAGGGGGCUUUGCUGCACCCUUGUGGCCAAAGACGGUACGACUAGAGCCAAGCAGACCUCAGGAGAAGCAGCAGGAGAGACCCACCUUCUCCUCGUCUUCAACCAUAGCUUCAAAGCUCUCAAUUUUGAGCAAGGCACAGAGAAGCUCCAUGACUACAGAGAAGCAAAACGAGAGGUGUCGCCAGAGGAUCGAAAAUCAGCAUCUGCUCUCUGAUGAACUGGACUUUGCAGAGCCGGAGUCGCUGUUGUCCUCCAAGAAACAAACAGAGGCCCUUCCUUCCACCUCCUCGGUUCCUCAGUCUUCCUCUGGCCCCGAUGCGCCCGUCAGUGCGUCUCCCGCUCCGCCCGGGCCCGUCAGCAUCCUGGCCGACAGUCGCUGCAUCAGCAACGGCGUGGAUCUGAUGUCCUGCCUGCGUCAGCGUCACGCAGCCACCGUCCACGUCUGCUCGCUCGACGGCUGCUACUUCAUCGUCAGCAACCGAAUGGCCGCGGAGAGGCACAGCCAAUCGGAUUUGGCCUCGAUGCCGAACAGGAAGCGAUUGGCCGAAAGGCUGAACGGCUUGCAGGGAUCGUUCGAGCGCGUUUGUCUGAUAGUGGAGAAGGACAGAACAAAGCCAGGUGAGACAUCACGUCCCUUCCAGCGAACUCGUUUCUAUGACAGCACUUUGACAGCACUGGUGAACACAGGGGUGCGCUUGCUGUGGAGCAGCAGCCCGGAAGAGAGCGCCGGCCUGCUGGCGGACUUGGCGCGGCUGGAGCAGCGCAAAGGUCAGGGCAUCGCUGUGCCUCUGGAGGUCAAAGGGCAGCACAGGCAGCAGGCCCUGCAGCUGUACUCCAGCCUCCCCUCAGUCAACUACGCCCACGCCCUCAACAUGAGCCACAACUUCAGCUCCAUCGCCCAACUCAUUAACAGCUCCGUCGACGACGUACAAAAGGGCGGCUGUAUGGGCAGAACCAGAGCUGAGGAGGUCUAUCGCUUCCUGCGGUACUCCUGCGACUCCUUCCUCAUGCACACGUCCAAAUCUGGAAGAAGCAGCAGCAGCUAGCAGGGUGAGGGGAGACGAUGCAUCUUUCCAUCCCCUGCUCUUCUUUCUCCUUCAUCAUGACACCUUCACCACAGUCACUGCACUGUGCCAGAGAGCCUCAGGACAAGGGUUCCAACCUUCUUGCACAAUAAAAGGAGCACAAAUCAACUCCAUUUACUUUAUAUGGAACCACAGACGUCUUCAUUUAGAGCAAACUGUGAACUAUUUGAUUUAGUAUUUCUUCAAAUCAUUUGGGUGAGAGGUGUUUCCUUUUGAACAUAAAUCGUGUCUGUGAUCAUAAGAAUCUAUAUGACUGACGCUUGAAUAACUUAUUGCUUUUGUCAAAAUAAUGAAUACAUUUGUUAUCAAAUCUACCCUCAAAGACUUUAAUAUGAUGACGGAUGUCCUUAAUAAAUUAUAUUUUUGUA